AGCAACUAUUUCUCGGCACGCGCGCGAUUAUCAGGGAUGAACGCCGUCUGCGCCGAGAUGACGCCUCAUUCGCAAUUGGCAGGGUUUAAUUCACGCUGGACGUGUCCAACAUAACCGUCCUUUGUUGUUCCACGAGUGAUUAACCAAACAGGCUGCAAAUCGGGGCGAACGCCGCUGAUCGUUACCAAAACGGCUAGACGUCGGUACGAAGACCUGUGAUGGGGAAUUUUCGAUGUACCCCUCAUCUGCAGCACCGUCGAAUUUGGGGCAAUUAAAUCCACGGUGUUCUUAUCCUGAAUCCACUUCUUGCUGUAGUCACGAAGCGUUUUAAUGAUAGUAAUGUGUUUAUGGUGUGUAUAUAUACUCAGGAAUGGACCCUACAUCAAAAUGUGAAGUAAAAAUAUGUAUACCCUCACCACAGAGCAGGUUGCUUCCUAUCAUCGGGACGGAUACCUUCUUCUCCGCGUUGGUGAGCAUCAAUUGGUCGAUCCGAUUGAGUUAUCUCGAUGGACGGAACAAGUCAAGUCAUGGCCACGCGAAAAGGGGAAGUGGAUGCCGUACGACGAGAUCAACGUGAAUGGCGAGCGUCAACUCAUGCGCACGGAGAAUUUCGUUGAUUACCACGCCGAUUUCAAAAACCUGGUGUGCGGGGAGGCGUUGGCGGGGAUACUGAAGGCGCUCAAUGGUGAUGAUAUGCUCCUCUUUAAAGAUAAAAUCAACUACAAACAAGCCCGCGGUAACGGCUUCCAAGCCCACCUCGAUGCCCCGGCAUACGACCACAUCGGUAAAAUCGAGCACGUCACAACAAACUUCGCCAUCGACGCAGCGACCCACGAAAACGGAUGUCUGGAAGUUGUCUCUGGUAGCCACAAAAUGAACGUGCCCUGCAUAGAUGGCGGCCGGAUUGAUCCCGCCUGGGAAGCCGAGCAGGACUGGGUGUCGGUGCCGCUGGAGGCAGGCGAUGUUUUGAUUUUCGGGUCGCAUUUGGCUCAUAGGUCUGCGGAUAAUAACACGGAUAAACAGCGUGCGAGUCUUUAUGCAACAUUCCAUUCGAAGAGUGAUGGGUUGGAGUUGCGACAGAAGUAUUAUGCGCAUCGUCGUGCGAAUUUUCCGCCAGAUCACGAGCGCGAGGAAGGAAAGGAUUACGCCCAGGGAUUCAAAACUUAUGGAUUUGCAGCACCAUUUUCGAAAAUUGGAGAUAAGGCUGUUGCUGUUGUCGCCGGGCAAUCUUGAUUAGUGAUGCAGCUUUCUCUACUAGAUCUACCAAUUUGAUAUGUCACAAUUGGACAUCGAAUAUACGUCAAAGUUGAUGUAACCUUGAUAUCUAAGACCGGUUAUGAUUGUUAAUGAGACGAUUG